ACUCCACUCCGUCUUCUUAGCCAUGAGGCGCAUGCGCAUCAUGUGCGUAAAAACAGCUGUGACCCCGGGUGUGUCCGUCGUGUCAGUCGUGUCAGUCGUGUAGAGCUGGAAUCGUAAUGUCGAACAAAGCCAAGGGCAAGACCAAGGCGAUACGCAAGUCAGGCUGGCUGAGCAAGAGAGGGGGUCGCAUCCACACCUGGCACAGGCGCUGGUUUGUGCUGACAGGAGACCUAUUGUUCUACCACAAGUCUCCUCAGGACAGUAGACCCACAGGCACCAUCCCUCUGGCUGGCAACAGAGUCAUACGUCACCUGGAUGAUCAGAGGAACAACACUUCCUUCAGAUUUGAGAUUAUCUCUGGGAGAGGCCAACAGAUAUCCAACACACACAAUACCUACCUGAUCAGUGCUGAUUCAGCGGCAGAGGCUGAUGAAUGGGUGGCUGUCAUACGAAGAGUUAUGCAUGAGCCGUAUGGAGGAGGAAUGUUUGGACGUAGUCUGGAGGAAACUAUGGCGGUAGAGACACGACUUGGCGGGAGCUAUGUUCCCAUCUUCUUGCAUCGCUGUGUGACAUUCCUACGGGAGCAUGCCCUGCAUGAGGUUGGCAUAUUUCGUCUUCCCGGCCAGGCAAGCAGAGUUCAAGAUUUGAAAGAACUGUAUGAUCAAGGGUGCCAGCAGCAGUUUUCUGCCUCGGAAGAUGUGCACACCGUGGGCUCUCUGCUGAAGCUGUAUCUGAGGGAACUUCCAGAACCACUAGUACCAUUUGACUGCUACUCUUUCUUCCAGUCAGCAGUCAAGAAGCUUUCCAUUGGCAUGGAAGCUGCUGUAGAGGACCUGCAAAGGGCUCUCCUACACCUGCCAAAAGUUAACAUCAAUGUCUUGAAAUACCUUGUGCGGUUCCUCAGUGAAAUACAGGACUACUCGGAAGAUAACAAAAUGACUGCUUUAAACCUGGCCACAGUAUUUGGUCCCAACAUUCUGAGACCUCGGAGUGCAGAUGCCCGUUUACUGAUGGAAUGUAACACUACCUGCACUGACUUUGUGUGUGUAGCCAUCAAACAGCAGAGGCGGCUUUUCCCAAGCACUUCAGAUGAGAAGCCACCGAAAAGGCUGAGUAUUGUCUUCUCUGUCGAUGAAUUGCAGACUGGCUGGGCAGAUGGAGGCCGUCUUGUCCAGAGGUCUCUCUACAAUCCUCAGGAGAACUCUCCCAAACACAGCACCAGUCGUUCAAGAAGAGGCUCAGCUCCAUACCUCAUCUCCCUGCCACAGGAAGAGCAACAGCGAAAGUCAGGAGUUGUGGCUAGCAUGGUGCAGCACUUCAACUUACGGAGCACACGCAGUGUGUCUCAGAUCUCUGGUUCUCUCGAGAUCUCAUCUCCAGUGGACGUGUGGCACACUGCUGGCCAGAAGCCCGGCGGGCCUGCACUGCAGAAGCUGUUGGCUUUAAAUGUAGAAUCCAACCUCGUCCAGCCACAGAGCCUUGUCCAGAGUGGUUUACAAGUUUCAACUAGUUCUGAGGAUGUUAAAAUGGGUCCACCUGUGCCUCCCACGUCUUACACUAAUCGAUUCUCAGGCUCAGGUAAGGACUGGCUGCUCUCAUGCAGUAUGUUGUAUAUAUUAGGUGUGUGGUAAUGUGUGGACAGGUGUCUUGGGCCCACGAUCAGACACACUGUCUUCUGAUGUCAUUGUCAACUCUAUAUCCAGAGAGCUAGAGACGCUGGAAACACGACUGAUGGUGGUGGAAGAAGAAGCAUGUCGCUACAAGAAGGCUGCUCGCCUGUGGAAGGCCCGUUACAUGCAGGAGAGAGGAGCAAGACUGGCAGCAGAGCAGAGAGCGAAUGGUCUGCAGCAGUUGGUCGAUGACACUUUCCAACAGUUUGCUCUAGAUGACAGUGAAGAUGACUCGUAUGAUGAACUGAGCAGUGGGAGUAAUGCGAGCACUCCUCUUCAUCAGACGGAGGCUAGUCCGUUUAUCUCUCUUCCAGGAACUUUACCUCCACUUGUCUGAAUGUGCAAAUAGUCCGGUCCGUCAGCGUACGUUAUAUGCGCGCAUGCGCGCAUAGCGUCUCAGUGCGCAUGCGCAAAAAGAGAAGGGCUGGGUCGUCUAGUAAGAGGAAGGUCAUAUGACUCUCGGAGGACACGACGAAUGGCGAGCAACCCGUUUGACGAGCAGCCGGACUAUGGCACUGUUACUGGGCAGAGUACUGGCUUCAGGACUGACGAGUUCUCGCGAGUUCAGCUGAAGGUGGCCAGUGACGCCCAAGAAAUAAAGAGAUUGACUGGGACCCUGCUUAGGUUGGCCCAACAGGUAGGGACGUCCAGUGAUGGGGAAGAGCUACGAAGACAUGUGCAUAAUGCACAGAAAUCUGCAGUGGAACACAUUCAGAGCUCCCAGGCUGGUCUAAAGGAACUUAUGAGUAGUGCUGCUAAUCCAGAGCAGCAAAUAGCUGCCAAGUCUCUUGUACGGCAAGUGAAGCAGGCCGGAGAUGAGUGUAGCAAUGCUAUGGAAGCACUCCUCAAGCAAUUGAGCAAGCAUCAGACUGUUGCAACUCGUUUGGAUCCAACCCCUGGAGGUUUCCUGGACUCAGGAGAACUGGAUGUGGAGGAGGACAGAGCCCGUCUCCUGCGCAGCCCUGCCGAGCAGGUCAUGCAGCAGGAGUUUGUUGUGUCUAGUGAGGCAGUGGAGGCAGAGUCUCGAGCGACUGCCAUGCAAGAUCUGCAGAGAGACAUAGUUGACAUGCAUGGUGUGAUGAGGGACCUUGGCAUCAUGGUGAACUCACAGGGAGAGAACGUUGGUAAGACUGUAAUAAUUAUGAUGCAUCAACUUGGGUGUGCAGUCUAAUAUGCUCUAAUACUGUGUCUGUAUAGAGAAUUUGGAGGCCCAUGUAGAGAGAGCACAUGCUGAGGUUACCCAUGGCAAUCAGCAAUUGGGUAGUGCAGUCAGAUACAAGGUGAGUUGGCAAUGAAGCCAGGAUUAGUUAAAACCGGUUUAUUUUUCUCUUCUUCAGAAGUGUUCUCGAAAGCUCUGCUGUGUCAUAUGGACCAUACUGACAAUUAUCUUUUUGAUAAUUGUGAUAGUAAUCAUUAUUGUUGUAGCUGUUAUUAAGGGUAGUAAUUGAACUGUGAUUGUUUGUGAAACUUGUGUGUGUUUUUGUGUUGUUGAAAAAUACAAACAAAACUAUUUGUGAUGAGAGUGACCGUAUUUCGAAGUCCAGUCAAUUCUUCCGUGAAUAUGGCCUUUAUUUUGAGAACUGGCUGCUAAUGUGGAGUGGUAAGUGGGAGGUUUGGCCCUAGCCUUGGGAGGCUGCCUGAUCUGCCAGUUCCCCACUCUUCUGUGUGGAACUGAUAGUAGGGGUGGGCAUGCUC